AUGUUCAGUGCUUGGCUCACUGCUUUUUCGCUGCUCCAUGCUGCUCCGGAGGACAGCAAGGCCAAGGCGCCGAAGCCGGGUUUGCGGGAGCAGCUUGAAACUUUUGUUGCCAACGCCAGAAGGUUCUUGCAGAGAAUGGCAGGCAUCAAGGAGAUGGAUGACGAUGCCCUUGCGCUCUACCGAGAGCACAUGGAGAAGGAGGCGGCGAAAAAAUCAGCCACAAGUGCGCUGGAAAGACUCAAGUCAGGAAGAGGUGCCAACAACAUCAUGCUCGUGAAAUCCGCCAGAACUGACAAGAGCGACAGGAGGAUCAUGGGGCGUGCUUCAACCGCCCGACUGGAGGCACGAGAAGACUCAGACGACGACGCAGACAAGCCCUCGCAUCUGGAGAAGCGGACCGACGAAUCGCGGACCCGACGCAAGCGAAGGAGAAGGCUAAGAAGGAGAAGGAAGAAGCCAGUGGACGAUGCGGGAGUGGCCUCGGAUGCAAAAGAAGCGCAUGAAGCACUCUCGCUGUCGGAGGAGGCAGUAGAAGACUCUGAUCAUGCUUCCGAUCAGCCAGUGGACAAGGACGAAGAGGAUGAAGCCUCGAGCACGUCCUCGUCCAGUAGCGAAGAGGAUGACAAGGCAUCCAAACCGUCAUCCAAGCCAUCCAGCGCGACAGCGCCUGAUGAAAAGCCGGAGAAAGCAUAA